AUGGACGAUACAGUUAUUUAUGUAACUGAAGCAAAAAGAAAUGACCUUAAUCAAGAUAUUGAUCAAAGUACUGUCCAAGCGCGACUCGGUACUAAAAAAACUUCUAUAAAUUUACGACCUCCUAGACCUAGACCUGAGGAAUUACCUAUCAACAAAAAAUUGGUAAACCACGUUGACUUAAUUGAACCGGUUAAGGAACUAUUUGGACAAAAUCAAGUGGAUUUUUUGAUCAGCAGAUCAAUUCACCGAAACGAAUAA